UUUCAACCUCACGACGAGAGAAUCGUAGACGCAGCUUUUUCCAAUCGCGAUCAAAGAAGUCGGCUCAGCUCGAGGUCCAGGGGUCAUGACUCUCCGCAGUGUGGUCAGGACCGCCGGUCGAGCGCUCGCAAGAUGCAACAGUUCGACCACCUUGUUACCAAGCAAGGCGCGACUGUUGCCCUGGUCGAGUAGUCCUGCCGCCUCGAGGUGCUUCUCCUGCCUCCAUCUAUCAGUUCCGUCUGCGGACAAGCAUGCGCUUGGCGCUAGCGUUUUGCUGUGCCUCGGGCGUUCGAGGCAACUCGCUUGGGUGUCCACAACGUGUGCCUCCCGGGCUACAUCUUGCAAUAUUCGCACCGCAGCUCAAUCAAGAGAAACUCAGAGUCAGACACCAGUGGCAGUGUAUACAGGAGCAGCAAAAAGAACCGAACCUCCAAAGAGGGAUGAAGUAUUAUCCGCACGGUCAAAGCGAUCCCGAGGUGUUCUCAUUUUUCGCAACGGUGCAGUUCUGCUCGCCUUGGUAGGCGUGGGCUUGGUCCUAGAUCACAAUUUCAAUGCACGAACCAUUCAGCGCAACCUUCUCACCUUCUGGACUGGCAUUGCCAUCGGGCUGGACUACAAGUUCAACUUUGAUCGCAAUUCGCUCGAGUCGAUCAACGGGUUGCACGAACGGUGCGCAAAGCGACUGUUGUACGUCUGCGAACAAAACGGAGGGCUGUACGUCAAGCUGGGCCAAGUAAUUGGAGCCAACAGUGUCGUGCUUCCCAAGCCAUAUCAUGCCCUAGCGAAGCUUUUCGAUGAUGCUGAACACAUGCCGCUCGAGACAGUCCGGAACGUGAUCAGGUGCGAGCUUGGACGUUAUCCAGAAGAGAUAUUUGAGAGCUUUGAUCCGGAACCAAUUGGUGCAGCUUCAAUUGCACAGGUGCAUCGUGCACGAUUACCGCCCGGACCUGGUGGCGAACAAGGUGUAGAGGUUGCCAUCAAGGUGCAGCGGCCUGCUAUUCCGCGUCAAGCCAAGAUGGACUUGCUGUGUUUUCGCAUCCUCCUUCAUCUGUACGAAAGAAUAUUCGAGUUGCCACUUUCCUUCAGUGGCCAGUACAUCAGCGACCAGAUCGAGCGCGAGAUCCACUUUGACUUGGAGGCUCGCAAUUCUAUCAAGGCUCGCGAAGCUAUAAUGGAAAAUGAUGAGAAGCUCAUUCGUAACACUUGUUAUGUCCCGUACAUCUUUCAAGAUUACUCGACGAAGCUCGUCAUGACCAUGGAGUACAUCUCUAAUUCUUGCAAAGUCACUGACAAACAAAAGCUAGGUGAAAUGGGCUUGUCCACCAAAGAGGUUGCACGAUCAGUUAUGGAAGUCUUCGCAUCGCAGAUUUUCCAGUCCGGCUUCGUUCAGGCGGACGGCCAUCCUGCGAACAUUCUUGUACGCAAACAUCCGAACGGCAAGCGCGGCCAGCAUCAAGUCGUGCUGAUCGAUCAUGGUCUUUACGUCGAGCUGAGCGAGAACUUCCGGCGGCAGUACGCGCAGCUAUGGAAGUCCAUCUUUGAAGGGGACAUCAAGACGCUCGACACGAUCACGCGGCAGUGGGGCAUGGGCGAGGAGGUUUCAGAACUUUUCGCGUCAGCUACGCUGCUGCGUCCGUGGAGAAAGCCCAAGACGACAGGGGAGCAAGAACAGUUGCGCAAAAAGACAGACUUGGAAAUUCAGCAGGAGAUGAAAGAUAAGAUCAAGAAUUUCCUGGUGCAUGUCGAGCUUUUGCCGAAGGAGCUUAUCUUUCUCAGCCGUUCGAUGCGUAUCAUCCAAGCGAACAAUCAGGUACUCGGGUCCCCUGUCAAUCGCCUUAACAUCCUCGCCAAGCAUGCAGCCGCUGCGCUGAUCUCGUCGCGCACACCUACCAUCUCUCGCGUCUUCUUUCCCAUUCGGCAAGAAGGCAAAGGCGAGGAAGUUCCGCGUUUGACAGCUCGACUCCACGAAUGGUUAACGGACCGCGCCGCCUUUCUCAAAUUCCGCACCGUCCUGCUCGUGCUGGACCUCGCAUUCAUCACCAGUAGCGUCUCACACUGGCUGCGCUUCUUUAUCCGGCGUCCGGCGCAGGCUCUCGGCUUGAAGGGACCUGCUACGUUGGACGGUGAUGAGGGAGGAGGGUUCGAGGAUGAUCUCGAGAAGAGUAUGCGCAAGAUGGCCAGGGACGAGUUUGGCGUCGAACUGGACAAAAUGGCUUUCACGGGCUGAUGGGGACAAGUAUGGAUUGCCAUGUAUCAUGUGGGUAAAUAGAUUGAUAGAAACAUGUUUGCUGAAGGUCGCGCGCGCAGCAGCGCAGC